ACAACCAAGCUCGUUGUUUCCGUAUCGCCCUUAUGGCGCGUUCAGUCUAGGCAUUUCUCGCCUCCUUUCGACCGCCACUCGUCACCUAGUUUCCUCGUAUUAACCCCUCUUCCGCGCUGCGUCUCCCUUUAUUUUACUUGUUCGCGUCGUCCUCUCGUCGUAUCUAUUCCACCGUGUCCCUACGGGAUCGUAGCCGCCGUUCCCUUCCGCUGACUCGCGUUGCUAUUUCGUUGUACUGUUCGUAGCGUGGCGCCGAAAUAGCUGUACUUUCUCGUUAGCUCUUUUUCUGGUAGAAAACUCUUCUAGGAGACUGCCAUGGGACAGCGUGAACCCUAGGCAGCUCGUGUAGAAUGAGGUCUCGUUCAUUUCUUUAGGACAGCUCUUACAUUCUAACGGCCAUUCGUCCAACCCUGUGUUCAUAUCUCGCAUCUUUCCUCUAUAACCACCUCCACUAACCCUCGCUAAACUCGCAUUGUGCAAUAAUAACGAGUCAUGGACGACUGUGACUGUAUCGGGGGCCAGUGGGCCACGGACGACCUCUUAAUCCGCUACCAGUACGUCUCCGACUUCUUCAUCGCGCUCGCCUACUUCUCCAUCCCCCUCGAGUUAAUCUACUUCGUAAAAAAAUCCGCCGUGUUUCCGUACCGGUGGGUGCUGGUGCAGUUCGGUGCGUUUAUAGUUCUCUGCGGUACGACCCACCUCAUCAACAUGUGGACCUUUCGCGAACACACGCGAACCGUCGCCUUCGUCAUGACCAUCGCGAAAGUGCUCACGGCGGUCGUCUCGUGUGCGACGGCGCUCAUGCUGGUGCACAUAAUUCCGGACCUGCUAUCCGUUAAGACCCGCGAGCUGUUCUUAAAGAAUAAAGCGGCUGAGCUUGACCGCGAGAUGGGGCUCAUUCGCACGCAGGAGGAGACGGGGCGCCACGUGCGGAUGCUCACGCACGAGAUCCGCUCGUCGCUGGACCGCCCCACCAUUCUCAACACCACGCUCGUGGAGCUCGGGCGCACGCUGCAGCUGGACGAGUGCGCGCUGUGGAUGCCCGCUAAUCUGGCUGGCGACGACGACGGCGACAGCGGCGGGUCGCCAUCCGACCUGCAGCUGAUCCACACGCUGCACGAGCCCAAGCCGCCCCCGGUGACCGUCACCCUCGCUCACCCCACAGUGAAGCAGGUCUUCAGCACCAGCCGCGCCGUUGUCAUCUCGCCCAACAGCCCCGUAACGGCCAUCCCAGGGGGAGGGGGCCGAGCGGGCGGCAACCGCUACGUGGCCGGGGACGUGGUCGCGGUGCGCAUCCCUCUCCUGCACGCGAACACGUUCGCGGGCGGCGGGGCGGGCGGCGGGGGCGGCAGCGACUGGCAGGACUCGCGGGAGAGGAGCUACGCGCUGCUGGUGCUGAUGCUGCCGGCAGACAGCGCGCGGCGGUGGCACGUGCACGAGCUGGAGAUGGUGGAAGUGGUGGCAGACCAAGUCGCUGUGGCCCUCUCCCACGCGGCCAUCCUAGAGGAGUCGAUGCACGCCAGGGACCUGCUUAUGGAGCAGAACGUGGCUCUGGACCACGCGAGAGCGCAGGCCGAGAAGGCCAUCCGCGCUCGUAACGAUUUCUUGGCGGUGAUGAACCACGAGAUGCGCACGCCCAUGCACGCCAUCAUCGCGCUCUCCACGCUGCUGCAAGAGACGGAGCUCACCCCCGAGCAGCGCAGCAUGGUGGACACCGUGCUCAAGUCCAGCAACCUGCUCGCCACGCUCAUCCACGACGUGCUGGACCUCUCGCACCUGGAGGACGGCAGCAUGCUGCUGGACGUCCGCACCUUCAAUCUGCACGCUACUUUCCGGGAGGUAGCGUCCCUCGUGAAGCCCGUUGCAUCGGUGAAGAAGCUUGGGGUGACCUUGAGGCUGCAGUCCGACGUGCCUGAGUUUGCGGCGGGGGAUGAGCGGCGGCUGCUGCAGACGGCGCUGAAUGUAGUGGGGAAUGCGGUGAAGUUUACCCGGGAUGGGAGCAUCACGAUCACCGUGUGCCUGGAGCGCCCGGAGUUCCAGCGGGAUAAGAACUUCCCCAAGUUUGUGCCGGUGGUGGCGCUGGGGGACAAGCACUACUACGUGCGCGUGCAGGUGAAGGACACGGGCGUGGGGCUGCGGCAGGAGGACCAGAGGAAGCUGUUCAGCAAGUUCGUGCAGGCGGACGCCACCACCACGCGCAACUACGGCGGCACCGGGCUGGGGCUCGCCAUCUGCAAGCGCUUCGUGAGCAUGAUGGGGGGCCACAUCUGGGUGGAGAGCGAGGGCCCGGGCAAGGGCACCACAGUCACCUUCGUCGUGCGCCUGGGGCUGCCGGAGAAGGCGGACGACCGCAGCAAGGCGGGGCCGGCCGGGCAGAAGCAGGCCGCGGGGGGCGCUGGGGUCACCAAGGCGGUGGACUUCACCGGGCUCAAAGUGCUGGUCUGCGACGACAACCAUGUGAACCGCAUGGUGACGAAGCGCAUGGUCACGCGUCUGGGCUGCGAGGUCACGGUGGUGGGGUCGGGCCGCGAGUGCCUCGCUGCUCUCGCUGGGCCGGGGCACGGAUUCAAGGUGCUGCUGCAAGAUCUCAUGAUGCCCGAUAUGGACGGCUACGAGGUGGCCAAGCGCGUGAUCGACCGCAUCAAGAACCCUGAUGACCGCCCCAAGAUAGCGGCGCUCACCGCCAACACGGACCAGGCCACCAAGGACCGGUGCCUGAGCAUCGGCAUGGACGGGGUCAUCACCAAGCCCAUCUCGCUGGAGAAGAUGAGGAUUGUGUUCACUGAGCUCAUGACCCUGGGGAAGAUUGUGUCGGACCCCAAGGCUUAGGCUUAGUUUGGCGGCGGCUUAGUGUGGUGACUUAGUGUGGACCAGGCCACCAAGGACCGGUGCCUGAGCAUUGGCAUGGACGGGGUCAUCACCAAACCCAUCUCCCUCGGGAAGAGGCGAAUCGUGUUCACUGAGCUCAUGCCUCUGGGGGAGAUUGUCUCGGACCCCAAGGCCUAGGCGCUCUGCAUGACCGCUCCUGGAUCCAGACUCCCAACCCAAGGCAUUUGGCACCAAGGACCCGACCAUCAAGGUCUGGUGCGUGUGAAUAGGUAUGGAUAGGGCCAUCACGUCACCAAGCCCAUCUCACUGUUCGCUCAAUUCAUGACUCUGGGAAAGAUUGUGUCAGACUCUUGAGGUGUAGGCUCACUCGGAACACCCUGAUGUUUGGGUCAACUCUGGAACACUCGAUUAGAUUGUAACUGAUUUCAAAUCAUGUAACCACUGUGGGGAUUAGGCACAAGUGGUUGAGUUCAUUGGGAUUUGGCUGAGCUUAGCAAGGGGUCGU